AGCGGCCCAGCCUCCCUGGCGCGCCCCCUCCCCGGGGCGGCUGACUCCCCCCAGCCCCCCAUUUCCAGGGUGCUGCACAAAGCGCCGAGACUUACCGGGUUCUGGCUGUCCGCCGCGGUGCUUUGCAGGCGCUGGUGUGGCCCCGCCCCCUUGGCCCUCGGCGUCCCCAACUGGCCUGCCUCCUUCCCUGUCCGGAGACGCGCGAGGACGGCCGAAGCCGCAGGCGUGGUUGGAAGAACAAUGCAUGUGAGUCUUUGACGCCAUGAUAUCCAUCAGGCAAAGAAAAGGAAUAAAGACCACAGAAGUUUCUGAGGAUUGUGCGGCACAAGAAGAGAAUGUGAAGUUGGAAAAUAAAUUGCCAUCUAGUUGUACAAAUAGAAGAUUAUGGAAGAUUCUGUCCUUUACAAUUGGUGGAACUGUUGCCCUUUGCAUUGGACUUCUCACAUCUGUCUACCUGGCCACUUUGCAUGAGAACGAUUUAUGGUUUUCUAAUAUUAAGGAAGUGGAGCGAGAAAUCUCAUUCAGAACAGAAUGUGGACUGUAUUACUCCUACUACAAGCAGAUGUUGCAGGCUCCAACUCUCAUGCAAGGUUUUCAUGGCUUAAUAUAUGAUAACAAAACCGAAUCUAUGAGGACAAUUAACCUCCUUCAACGAAUGAAUAUUUACCAAGAGGUUUUUCUCGGUAUUUUAUAUAGAGUUCUACCCAUACAGAAAUAUUUAGAGCCAGUUUAUUUUUAUAUUUACACCUUAUUUGGACUCCAAGCAAUCUAUGUCACAGCUCUUUAUAUAACCAGCUGGCUCCUGAGUGGUACGUGGCUAUCAGGACUAUUAGCAGCUUUCUGGUAUGUCACCAAUAGAAUAGAUACCACAAGGGUUGAAUUUACCAUCCCACUGAGAGAGAAUUGGGCGCUGCCAUUCUUUGCAAUUCAGAUAGCAGCAAUUACCUAUUUCCUGAGGCCAAACUUGCAGCCUCUUUCUCAAAGGCUGACACUUCUUGCCAUUUUCACAUCAACUUUUCUCUUUAGUCUGACAUGGCAGUUUAAUCAGUUUAUGAUGCUGAUGCAGGCAUUAGUGCUGUUCACACUGGAUUCCUUGGACAUGCUGCCAGCAGUAAAGGUGACAUGGCUCUAUGGUAUACAGCUAACAGGUUUGCUCCUGGUCUGCAUUCUUCAAUUUUUUAAUUCCAUGAUUCUUGGAUCAUUGCUUAUCAGUUUCAACCUAUCGGUAUUAAUUGCAAGAAAAAUUCAGAAAAAUCUGAAAACUGGAAGCUUCCUUAAUAGGCUUGGAAAACUGUUGUUACAUUUAUUUGUGGUUUUAUGUUUGACACUUUUUCUCAACAACAUUAUUAAGAGAAUUCUUAACCUCAAGUCAGAUGAACACAUAUUUAAAUUUCUGAAGGCAAAAUUUGGGUUUGGAGCAACAAGAGAUUUUGAUGCAAACCUCUAUCUGUGUGAAGAAGCAUUUGGCCUUCUGCCUCUUAAUACAUUUGAAAGGCUUUCCGAUACUCUGCUUUUUUAUGCUUAUAUAUUUGUUCUGUCCAUCACGGUGAUUGCAGCAUUAGCUGUUGCCUUCCGUAAUCUCAGUGAUUCUACAAAUCAGCAAUCCAUGGGUAAAAUGGGAAAGUCCUCAAUCGGCCUGAAACCAGAAACUGCCUACAACUUAAUACAUACCAUUCUGUUUGGAUUCUUGGCAUUGAGUACCAUGAGAAUGAAGUACCUCUGGACAUCACACAUGUGUGUCUUUGCAUCAUUUGGCUUAUGCAGCCCUGAAAUAUGGGAGUUACUUCUGAAGUUGAUCCAUCUUUAUAACCCAAAGAGGAUAUGUAUAAUGCGAUAUUCAAUACCGAUACUAAUACUGCUGUAUCUGUGCUAUAAGUUCUGGCCAGGAAUGAUGGAUGAACUCUCCGAGUUGAGAGAAUUCUAUGAUCCAGAUACAGUGGAGCUGAUGAACUGGAUUAACUCUAACACGCCAAGAAAGGCUGUGUUUGCCGGGAGCAUGCAGUUGCUGGCCGGCGUCAAGCUGUGCACGGGAAGGACCUUAACCAACCACCCGCACUACGAGGACAACAGCCUGAGAGAGCGAACCAGAGCGGUUUAUCAGAUAUACGCAAAGAGGCCUCCAGAGGAAGUACACGCCCUCCUAAGGUCCUUUGGCACCGACUACGUGAUCCUGGAAGACAGCAUCUGCUACGAGCGCAGGCACCGCAGGGGCUGCCGGUUGCGGGACCUGCUGGACGUCGCCAACGGCCACAUGAUGGAUGGCCCAGGAGAGAAUGACCCAGAUUUGAAACUUGCAGGCCACCCUCGCUUCUGCGAAGAGAUAAAAAGAAACCUGCCUCCCUACACAGCAUACUUCACUAGAGUGUUUCAGAACAAAACAUUCCAUGUUUACAAGCUAUCCAGAAACAAGUAACAGAGCUUCCCAUCCAAUUUCUAUUUUUGAUACGUGAAACUCUAUCGUAAUGAAACUCGCUAGAUAGCGUUUCAUUUGUAAUUAGAUAGCCCGUACCUUAAAGCUGUGAUAUGAUGAAGUCUACAAAUGUUUACACAAGUGUGACCAUCUUUGAAAGUAGCUUAUACAGACGUACGUCUUUUUUUUGUCUUGUUGCAUUAAUGUUCUCUGGCUUAAGUGUGUUUAACUUUCUUUCGAAAGCGAUCUAGAAUUUUGUUGUGGGAAGGACAGUAAGUGUCCCACACGUAACCUGAACAGCUGCCUAUCAUGUUGGAAAUCCAGAGCCUGUUCAGGAUUGGAAAUACUUCUGAUUUUUAAUUGACUUAAGAUAGCUGUAGUUAGAUCGAAUUGAGGGGCUGCAUCAUCAAACUAUUUAAUAUUAUUUCACUAGGGAAGACCAACUGGUGGCUUUUUAAAAAGCUCUUUAUUGUCCUGUUUCGCCUAAAAAUUUUAUAAUCUUUCCCGACCAUCAUGCUUUUAAUAAUUUGAAAAAAAAAAUCAUGUUAGGUCUUUGUAUGUAUCUAAAACUUUUUGGUUGUGUUCUGUCUGAAAUGCAGUGUGUAGCAUGUCAGUAGUAUGUGUCUGUGUGUGUGUGAGUGUGUGUACACGUGCAUGUGCAUGCAUGUUUCAAUGCUGGACACAGAAGAGUGUUACAAGGUCCAGAUUGUAAGUCCUUAAAGCAGCAGAGUGUAGAAUGUGUUACUGUUUAGUGUCUUUAUUUUAAAACCUGUUGAUACUAUUUAACCUAUCCUGCAUCAAGAGAAUUUUUCUUUAUUUCUUACUCAUUCAAAUUUACUGAGUUUGCAAAGUUUUGUAAACUUUUUGUUUUUAGCCUUUGUAUUUUUUACAGCCUAGAACUUGCAGAGUCUUACUACUAUUUUUUAAAUGUUGUAUCUUAACUAACUCACUAAUACAAUAUUUUUGGCAGAGAGCAUUUUCAUACCAAGUUUGAUAUGUGGUCUCCAAUCUUACCGUGAGGGCCCUGGUGUGUUAUUCUUUUUCUUACUCAAAGGUAACCAAGUGCCUCUAAGUCAUUGCUUAUUUAUAAACAGCAAAGAGGAUUAUGUGCACCUUGUACCUGCUCAAAAAAAUUUUAUAAUUGCUUUUAUAAUUAAUUUCUAAUGAUGGGGCCAUGUAAAAGUUGCUGAUAAAAGCAUCUUGUGUAUUUAAUUGAAUCAAGAUGGCUAAUGAAAUUAACUUUCACCUCUGUUGGUGCCAUUUGAAAAUGACUUACCUGUUUCUCCUUGCAGUUACACUGAAGUAAGUUACUGUAGGCCCAAAGAUGGGUAUGUAUCAUGUCAAAUGAUUUUAUAUUCAGCUAUUACUUAUUAAGUAGAACUCUGAAAGAACUUUUACACUGUUGUGUUGGAUUCAAGGCUACUUGGCUUUUAUUGAAACUUAUUAAAUAAAAGAUUCACAGUAGCUAGGUUAUUAAAUUGCAGCUGAAACUCCUGAAUUAUAUUUUUCUUAUAUCCCUUAAUAAGGUUGGAGACCACUGCAGUUUAGGAUAAUACAGUAGUAAAACAUUUUAAUCAGCGCUCAACCUUUAAUUAAGCCAGUAAUGAUGCAUGCCUGUUGUAGCUGACAGCACGAGUCAGCCCAUCCCUCAGUGAGUGCCUUACUCUAACUGAAACCAAGCACAUGUAAGGUACAACAUGUUAGACCAUCUAGUUAUGUUUUUAAAACCGUCUAUUCUCAGAUAUAUUUCAAUUUAUUUUAAAUAUACCUAUAUGCAUUAAUCUGAGGGUUUGGGUAUUUGGAGUUUCAAUAUACAAGAAACAUACGUAAAUUUUUAUGCUCAUCAUCACUGCAUUAAUGGCAUCACAGUAAUCAUUUUUUCAUAGUUUAGGUACCAUAUGUUGCCAAAACAUCGUGUCCCGUCGUGGGUGUAAAAUACAAAGUGCCAAAAAAAUCUUGCAAGAUAGAAUCCAUGCAUACACUCUUUCCAAAACACUGUGACCGUGUAUGGUAGGCAUUGUUAUUUCCUAAUGACCAAAUCUCUUAGCGAAUGAUGUUAAAUAUUUUUUGUGUGCGUCAGUAUUCUCCUUUAUGACCUUCUAAUAAGUGGAGUAUGAAGGAAAGAGAGGAAAAGCAACUGACCUCUGGCUCUCUGCCAAGCCAAAGCAAGUGACCUGCGGCCUCAGCUGCCUGCCGCACGGACCUCAGUGGCUGUGCUAGUAUUUGGUGAGAGCCGCCAAUGAUGGCUGUAUUUUGUGGGCAGAAAAACGACUUGAUUUUGCUUCAGCAUUAGCAUUCAGAAGCACCUCUAAGUACAACAAGUGCUCUUAAUUAACCUUUAUUUACACGACUCACAGCGUCCCUCCCAUCAGCCAGCCUUCCCAGGCUGCUCCCUGACAUUCCCACACACCUCUGUCCCUCCCUUGAGUUCUCUGCUCACACCAGACUUCUCUGCUCAUGCCCUGCUUCCUGUUGUCAAUACACAAUUCAACAGAAACCCUGGACAUUUGGGCCUCAAAAGAAAGGGUCAUUCCUGCGAAAAUUACCUUGAAUGCUUUGGUAAAAUCUGAUAAAGGUUGCUGCUGAUAUAAAACUGCUUUUAAAUUAGGUGUGCUUAGGAAGAUUGUAAAAUAUUGGGAGAACAUAAAAUUCAAGAAAAUUUCUGAACUUAGAUUGCUUCACAGAUUUAAGUACUCAUUUCACCUUUUAAAAAAUCUAGACUGAUCAUAAGGUAUUCCAAUGUAUGUGUAAUGUAGUGUAUGUACCACAUCAUAUUAUUGGUAUGACUUAUGCAAGAAUAGAACUGCAGUCAUUAGACCCUUAUGCAAAGGAAAAGCUUUAUAUCAAACAUGAGCAGAUGAAUGUACAUUUGAAGUUAGGAUUCCCCACUUUACUUCCUUAAAUGACCACCUACUGGUACUGAUCACAGUGGCUAAUAGAGACUGUCCUAGAGUUAGAAGGUUCCAAUCGCUUUAUUACAGACCUAAAAAAUAGGGAUUUAUUUAAGAUGUAUUAGCCAGGAGCAUAAUUAGGUAUUAUUUAGGCCAUUUGUUUGUCCAUUUAAAGAUGAUUUUCUUGACCUUUGUGAGAUCAACUAGAUAAGUGUGUGUGUGUGUGUGUGUGUGUUGGGUGAGUGUUGUUAGCAAGGACACAGGUAGAUAUUUCAUCUGGUCUGCAUCUUUACAAUUAACUAAAAAUGUUUUUUUCUGAUUUUCCACAUGAUCCUUGUACCAAUUUUAGCUCACCUUUGGCCCAAACCUAUCAGAAUUAACCAAAAUACUCCAUUUUUAAAUUUUCAUUUAAACCUUGGAAUUAAUAGGAAGGGAAAAUGUUCUCAGAUCAUAUAUCUUGGCCAGUAUACUCCCAGAUCCUUUAUGUAUGACAAGCUUUUGGCCUAGAAGAGAGUGCUUAUCUGUUCAUGGAAGAAAGCUUUUGAGAUGAGAGAGUGGCUUAUACUUUCUUGCAGCAAUUGAUUUUCUGUCCUUACCAUCUUAUGGAUCUUACAAAGAACCUUUAUAAUUUGUUGUACUAAACUGUAUGAUUAUGUACUAAAUAAAGCUCUUUUAAGUUAA